AUGGCGGCGGACACUGUGGUGACCCGAUCGCCGGAGCGAUCCAAGACGACCCGCGCUGACGACGACGUCGACCAGGAGGAGGAGAGGGAGGCCAAGAAGAUGAAGACGAAUCUGGACACGGAGGAAGACGCCGACGCCGACGAGGACGACGACGAGGAGGAACUGGAGGUCCCGUCUCCGAUCCGCGAGCCCUACAUCCCCGACCGGCUGAAAAACCGCUUCGGCAUGGCUCACCCGACGAUAUCCGCCGCCUAUCGGCUCGCUGAAACCAAAUUCCUUGAUAAACGUGGCCGCACGAAGAGGCUGCUGCCCACGCACCAAUGCUUCCGAACGGCCUGGCUCGUCCCCGUCCCUGACUCCGGGAGGACGGCCGUGCUCUCCGCCGCCAGAUCCCUCCUCCGCCUCUCCUUCUCUCUCGGUGGCGAGCCACUGGCGCAGUCCGCCGGUUUUUGGAUCAAUUGGGAUGAGGGGAGCGGAUCGAACCGGCGUUGUUCUGACGACUGCGCAUCUGAUCCGCGCAAAAAAGCCGUUGCCCAAAUAGUGGCGGCGCCAGGAAUUGCUGGCUGGUCUGAAUGGAUACGCAACCUUCUCUUUGACAAUGCUAUUUUUCCUUUUGUAGCUUAUUAUCCUAUCACUAAUGGAGAAGGGCUUUCUAUUGUGUCGUCGCCUGACCAAGUUGACUCGGACUCGGACUCAGAAUUGAACUCGGAUGACUGCUGGGUGCUGGCCCAAUCGAUCACCAUCGUCGCGGCGACCGACUACUGCACGCUCCUCGCAAUGGCGGCGGACACGACGGUGACCCGAUCGCCAGAGCAAUCCAAGAAAUCGGGCGGCAGCGACGACGCGGAAGAGGAGAAGGAGGAGACUCAGGAGAGGGAGGCCAAGAAGAUGAAGACCAAUCCAGCGUCAGUGGAAGCCGCCGCCAGGGACGACGAUGGGGACGAGGAGUUGGAGAUCUCGUCUCCGCUCUGCGAGCCCUACAUCCCCGACGAGCUGGACGACCCCUACCGCUACCGGGGGAUAUCCGCCGCCUACGAGAUCGCGAGAGCCGAAUUCUCUGAAAAAGAAGGUCGCCUGAAUAAACUGCCGACGCGCAAGUAUUUCCAUUCGCCGGUCCUCCACGUCCCUGACCCCGGAAGGAAGGCCGCGCUCUCCACCGCGAGAUCCCUCCUCCGUCUCUCCUCCUAUCUAGAUGGCGAGCCGCUGGGGCAUUCUGCCGGUCUUUGGAUCGACUGGGACGAGGAGAGCAGAACCGGCAUCCUUCUGACAACCGCGCAUCUGAUCCGCGCCAAAAAGCCUUACACGAAAGGCCGCCGGUGGCGCACAGGCCCGUACCACUAUCACCCUGGUGCUCAAGUUACGGUUCACUUGCUUGACGACACCACUGCGGAGGGCCAUCUGCUGUACCACCAGGAGCAUUAUGACCUUGCUUUCUUCAAGGUUGCAGUGGAUGAACGUGUUCAACCAGUCUCUUUUGCUGACACGGUCGGUGAUGGUCAAGAGGCUUUGCGGCUUGGAAGGGAACAAAAUUUGAAUCUAAAGAUAGUCCGUGGCACGGUGGAGUAUCAGAAUAAUCCAAUACUAGAUGAGGGACACCACUACAUGCACUUUUCUCGACAUGGAAAAUAUGAGAAGGCAGAUACACGAAGGAGAGAAAAUGAGUGGAGGUCAAAGGCAAAGGGUUUUUACGUCCUACCUAGGUGUGAAGAUGGUGGAGACCCCAUCAUUGAUUUUGGUGGAAAGGUUGUGGGGAUGACCAACCGUUGUGAAAGCUGGUAUUUUGUUCCCUCUUCUGUUUUGAAUGGGUGCGUUGAUUUGUGGAGAAAUUUUGGGUGCAUCCCUCGGCCCCUCCUUGGUUUGCAGUUUGAGGCCAUAAAGUUUCUAGAUCCUACACAUGCUGAAUAUAUAUGGCGCAAGUUAAACAUUGAUGAUGGUCUUGUUGUCGAGGAGGUGUCGACUGCAUCACAUGCUGAGGAAGUUGGAAUCCGAGUAGGUGAUAUUAUUCAGCGGAUUAAUGGAGAACUCAUUUCUACCACAACUGAGUUGGAAAACAAGUUGCUGGGCAUAUGUAGGGGCAAUUUUGAUAGAGGAACUGACAUUAAUGACAAAGUGGAUGUUUCUGUACGGGUAUUUCACACGGCCAACCGUGUCUGGAGAACACAACAUUUAAGUGUAAAUGUAUCUGACUGCCGAGAAGUUGUUGACCGAGCUUAUUAUCCUAUAACAAAUAGAGAAGAGUUUUCUGAUCCGGUGUCACCUGAACAAGUUGACUCUGACUCUGACUCAGAGUCGAACUUGAGCCGCUUCAUGUGAUGGUGCAUGUCGUCCAAGUAAUUUUUGUACGAUGGAAGGAAUAAAAUCAAUAAGAAAAAAACAGAUUGUUUACCUAAGUAGGAAAAAUACAUCCUACCACCCAGGGAUAGCUACCCCACAUGUAUAUAUAUUACUAAGGUAUAUUACUUUAUCAUUCUAAAUAUGUUCAUAAACUAUAUCUAAGGUAUUUCAA